UGUGCAAAGAGGCCGAGCUAUGGCGUGGAAGGCGGUGGCCAUUGGGUAUAGAAUUCCACGACUGUCGCUUGCUCCGCCCAUUCCAGCGUCUAGAGCCGUGAAGUUUGGAGAUGGAAGAAGGCCGGCGUGGGAGAGGCGUGUUACUGGAGCGGCUAUUGCUGCCAUAGCCGUGGUUCUUGCAUCGUCGAGGCUUCCAUUCGGGAGAAUGUCGGCUCUGGAUUGGAAGAGGCAUGGAAUGGAGCUCUUCUCGCAGGGAGAUGUGUCUGGAUCUUUGGAGCAAUUCAACAAGGUGUUGGAUGCUUUCCCGGAAGAACUCCCUUAUCUGUGGCAGAGGGGACUUUCACUGUUCUAUCUCGACAGAUUUGAAGAAGGUGCUGCUCAGUUUCGAGAGGAUACAAAACUGGGGAACAACGACUCCGAGGAGGCUUUAUGGUGCUUCCUUUGUGAGGCCCGAUCUUAUAGUUUAGAGGAGGCUCGUCAAAGAAUCCCAGACACAGGUAAAGAUAGCAGGGCUUAUAUGAACCAAAUUUACAAGCUUUACAAACAAGGUGGCGAUCCUCAACAGAUGCUGGCUAGUUUUCUAAAGGAAGAUAGAGGUCAAGCAUCCUUCUAUGCUUCCUUGUAUGCUGGGCUUUACUACGAAGCUUCGGGAGAAUUUGAACCAGCAAAGUCUGCUAUUAUGUCUGCGUGUGGAAGUAGCUACGGAUCAACGUCCCAAGAUUAUAUGGUGUCCGUAGCUAAAGUACAUUGCAAAACACGCAAAUGGUGCUAGUUACACCCUCAUCUGUGGAGGUAACAGACAUCGACUCAGAUGCAUUAAGAACGUAUGUUCACAACCACGAGGCCGAACUAGCACGUGUGCAAAGUUGACGAGUCGACUGGAUAAGACUCCCUCUUUUGCGACCUAAGAGCAACUUCUAGCGUUCCUGAUAAGAGGAGAGAAACGAGAAAAAGAAAAGAAGACGGCAAGGUCACUCACGUGAUUGCAUUCUCUUAAAGUCAUACUUAAUCAAGAUUAGUAAUCAAGCGUUCA